CCACACACACACACACAAACACAAGCCCCCACACACCAGCCAACGUGGAGGUGGCCGGCGACUCAUCAGGUGCUGCGUCCGAGAGGCUCGAGGUGGAAGCGGCGGAGGGAACUGAAUUUGAUAUUGGGAGGGCUGGAGAGGGUUUGGAUGGUCGGGGAGCAGCUCUGCUCUGCCAGGACCUGGGAAAUUCAUUCAAGCCAACUUUGGAGGAGAAUGUAGACUUCAAUCAAUUCACAGCGGCGAUAUGGAGACGAACUCAAUCAAGUGGGUUGGUUCUCCGUGUGGUUUACACGGACCCUACAUUUUCUACAAAGCUUUCAAAUUCAAUCUUGAAGGGAGACCAAGAAUUUUGUCCCUUGGCGACUUUUUCUUUGUAAGAUGUAAGCCAGAAGAUCCGAUUUGCAUAGCAGAACUCCAGCUGUUGUGGGAAGAAAGAAAUAACAAUCAACUUUUGUCGAGUUCCAAACUUUAUUUUCUUCCUGAAGAUACACCCCAAGGAAGGGCAGUCGACCAUGGAGAGGAUGAAGUUGUGGCUGUUUCAGAGAAAGUAGUUGUGAAGCUGGAUGACCUGCUGAAAUGGGCGUGCUCAGAUUUCAGCACAUGGACACGGGGCCUUGGGGCGGUGCCACUGAAAUCCGCAAAGAGAAAAGAGCUGGAGAUGAAUAGACAAAAGGAAGCCCUCCAUCACUACAGGCAAUGUACCCUCAACAUGGGCCUCAAUUUCAAGGAUGUGUUAAAAGAAAAGGCUGACCUCGGUGGAGAUGAUGAUGACGACGAUGAUAUAAAAGUUAUUAUCCUCAGUUACCCACAGUACUGUCGCUAUCAAUCCAUGCUUAAAAGGAUUCAGGACAGAUCAUCUUCCUGGCUAGUGGACGAAUUUGUGAUGGCUUUGGGCGGCAUUGCAAUAUUAAAUGAAAGUACCCGAAUUCUGUACUGCCGUGACACAUUUGAUCAUCCAGCUUUAAUAGAAAAUGAGAGCAUUUGUGAUGAAUUUGCACCAAACCUAAAGGGCAGACCUCGCAAGAAAAAGCCCGGCUCACAACGACGCGACUCACAAGCUCUGAAUGGACUGAAAGAUUCCAAUGAUGAUUCAGAUGGAAAGAACAUUGCCAAGUCAAAAUGUGAGUCUAAAGCUAUGAUGGCAAAACCCAAAAAUAACAACAGCAACUGCAAAAACAUCACAAGUCAUGAAAAAACAAAGACUGCAUCAGGUGAUGAGUGCAGAGCAGAGGAGCAGGCUUUCCUUGUUGAACUCUACAAAUACAUGAAGGAAAGAAGCACUCCAAUAGAACGGAUCCCUUAUCUUGGAUUUAAACAAAUUAACCUUUGGACUAUGUUUCAAGCUGCUCAAAAACUAGGAGGAUAUGAGGCGAUAACUGCACGUCGUCAAUGGAAACAUAUUUAUGAUGAAUUAGGUGGUAAUCCUGGAAGCACAAGUGCUGCUACAUGCACUCGCAGGCAUUAUGAGAGACUGAUCCUGCCGUAUGAAAGAUACAUAAAAGGAGAAGAAGACAAGCCUCUACCGCCAGUUAAGCCUCGAAAACAGGAUAACAGCCCCCAGGAGAGUGAAAGUAAAAUGAAGGUGGUGGGAACAAAACGCAAAAUUGAACAAAACAGAAAAGGCAAGAAAGAAAAAGACGCCACUCAGAAAAUCAAGGAUUCCUCUGGGGUGACUUUAGCUAAAGAAGGCAGCCAAGAGAUUGAUAGUCCUAAACAUGGUGUGGCUUCAACACAGGAAAUGGCAGUGGACCAGUUGCAAAAGGAAACAGAAGGACAACAGUGCCACAUCUCAGCAGAUGGGCCAGAUGUGAAAGGAAGCAGACUUGAAGAAAAAAUGGCUUCUUUGACCAACAAAGCCAGUAAUGAUAAAUCAAAAGAAAAAGAAGCUCAACAGCUAUUUUUGCCUCCAGGCCCCACAAUCCAUUCAGGAGAUGUUAACACACAAAACGCAAGUGAGGGACAGCCUAGUCUAGAAACGGAAAUCACUACAACAACCUGCCAGGAAAUUAAAUCACCAAAAAAUGCAACUGAGACACUUGGAGAUGAACUUCAACAAAACUCUACCAACAUUGAUACAGCUGAAACAUAUGCCCAUGUAUCAACUAAAAAUAAUGGUCUCGAUCAGGGAUCAGGUGAAACAACAGAAUAUAUUGCAAACUGCUCCAUUAAGGUUGAUCAAUCGCCAAAAGAGGAAUUGGAAACCCAGGUUGGGAACAACCAGUUACAAAAUGCACAUAGACAGCAACAGGUACAGACAGCAAGGAUUGCCACAAAUCCUUCUCCAGAAGUGAAUACAGAAAAACAGGAGUUUAUUUCAGUAAAAAACGAACCUUCCCCAAGCUACAUGCCAUUGGUAUACUCCAGAGGAAACCCUGGGAUCAUGUCACCACUGGCCAAGAAAAAGUUAUUAUCACAGGUCAGUGGAGCUUUGCCCAAUAAUUAUUCUCUUGGAACUCCGCCACCAUUAAUUAGCAGUAAAAAAAUUGUCGAUAGUGGAGAGGAAAUGGUUACAACGGAAGCAAAUUUUUUACAAGGCUCUUCAUCAGAUACCAUGACCAUUAACAGACCUUCUGUGAUUCAGCAUGCACAUAGUUUUCAGAAAAGACAUACUGAUGAGAGAAAAUCUUCAAGUGAAGCAUUUCAACAUGACGGUUUAAAUAAAUUGUCAGAUUCAGAGUCUGGUUAUCUCUCAAAUCAUCAUUUUAAUUCCCUAGACUCAUAUAAAAGCAGUGUUCCCUACCCAUUCUAUUCUGAAUCUCAGGACAAUGAAAGUUGUGAGAGAAGAUUACCCCAACCGUCACAUGUAUCUAGCUUUCUAGCCGACUUUUACUCCUCCCCUCAUCUGCACAGUCUUUACAGACAUACAGAACACCACCUUAAUAAUGAUCAAACAUCAAAAUAUCUUAGCAAUAUCCAAAAAGAUAAGAGUUCCUCAUUUGUACAACAUAAAAACCAGGAAAAGAUGUAUUUAAAUUAUCUUUCAACUUUGCAUCAACAAGAAAAGAGAUGCCAACUGAAACCUCCCACUGAUGACCAGCCAACUGACUUGAGUCUUCCGAAGCUGAAGAAAACAAUAUCUAAGAACUUCGUAAACAAUACCCCUUAUUUAUCAAUACACCCAGAAAAUAAACACACAUCAGCAAGUAGACUAGUAUCAAACAGUGACUGCAAACCUAAGUCUUGCCGUGUUCCUCCAAUGACAAUCUCAACCAAUAAGAAAACCAGUGAACAAACUGUGCAGCUUUCUGGAAAGUUGGAAGAAGUGGUCAGACCAAUAAUGAGUUCCAAAGGUAGUUCGCAAAUUAUCGGGACCACCAAACCUAUCAAAAGGAAUCGUGAGGAUUUCGAUAAUGGUAACAAUGAAAGCCCUGAGAGAAAGUUACGAGCAGUAUCACCGUUACUUUCAUCAAAAGACAAGGCUCUGAAAGAAAAAGCAUCUGACCUAGAGGGUGAAUGCAGUAAAAUGUUGCCCUCUGGCAGUAUAUUAGAAGGCCACAAGUUCCCAAUGCCAACUCCUAUUUUCCCAGGAUUGUAUCCUGGAGCUUUUGUGUCUCAGGUCCAAGAUAUGUGUGAUGGUCUAGGUUCACGGUUUCCAGCUGGAUACGCUCAUCCCUUACAGUACUUGAAAAACCAGGCAGUGCUGUCACCUCUCAUGCAACCACUUGCUAUCCAUUCCUUUAUGAUACCAGCAAUGCAGAGACAGAUCCUUGCUUCUGGCACAAAUCCACAGCUCUAUAGACAUUUGUCUGCAGCUGCAACACCAGUAGCUGCUUCAUAUGGAGAUCUUUUGCAUCACAGUCUCUAUCCUCUAGCUGCUUUGAACCCACAAGCUGCAUAUUCCUCCUCUCAGGUGUCUUCUGUACACCCUAGCACAAAACUAUAAUUUCCUUACUUUUUAAUGUUGCUGCCUGAAAGCAGAACUGAAUUCUGAAGGUAUAGCAACAGUCGGACAUUCCACAAUGCAUAGUAAAAGUCUUUAAAUAAUCACAAGCUACACAUAAUUGGUUUGUAAACCUUUUGCACUUAUUUGGUGAUGUUAUAUAUCAUUUGACUUUAGUGCAUUCAAUGCAUAGUAAUGACAAUUUUUCUGUAUAUAAUAAUGACUGCAUCACAACACUAUCACGAUUGCAGCAUCAACACAUUAAAUUGACUGUAAAUAUUCACUACAAAAGUUUACAUAGCUACAUCCUUAAUUUAUACAAUUGUAGUUCAGUUUUAGUUUCAGCUUUAUUUUAUUUUUGGUGGUGGGGGGUUGUUUUCAGUAGUCUAAAAUGAUGGAUGUGUACUUAUUGUGUGCUUACUCCAGAGCAGGAUAGACAUAAUAACUACAGGAAGUCCAUCUGAACUUGUAAAUGUCUGUUUGGAUUCUUUUGAAUCCUUCUGUAGAUCCCAUGUGGUGAUUAAUUUCUACACUAUGUAAUAGUGCACCAUUGUUUUCCACUGAUUCCUAUGUAUUUGGUAUGUCUGCCAUCUACGUUAUUGUUAGGAGCUUGUCAUUCACAAUGAUAAAACAAUAAUUGUUUACAAAGGGUAAAAUGACUGUAAUUCAAGAAACACUUAACUCAGCUUUAUUAAUACUUCAAAGUAAAUGUAAAUAUUCAAAUUAAAUUUCUUUCUGGAUAUAGUUAAAUAACUUAAAUGGCGUCAUGGCAAAGUUUUAAGCCCACUGCCAUAAGCAGCUACUAAUUAUACAAGCUGAUUAUUUGUUUCUUGCUUUGUAUAUAAAAUGCAAGCACAUGAUAUGCUAGCUGUUGUCUGCAAUUGCUAUAUUCCAGAAAAAGAUGGUAAAAAUUUUACAUUUAGAUCUUGGCUGAAUCAUGCCUAUCUUGUGUUAAAUGUUACUAAAGCAUAGCUGCUGGGGCUCUUUCUGUGGUUGUGCAUAUAGUUGUAGCUAAUCAAUCCUUCACAAUAUUUGAAUCUAAAUCUCUAAUGUAAACAAAGCAGAUUUUAAAAAGAAUUAAAGUGAAGAUGGAUAACAACAUCAAAAAAUCGACAUCAACGUGGCAUUUGUUGCCAUUUUGUAGCUUUUGUAAUAAAACCCAUCCAGUUGAUCUCUUUUGUAAUAAAAGCCCUCCAGUCUAUCUCUUUUGUCUCUGCAGCUGUCAGUGAAACAUAAUAAGAUUUGUGCUGAAAUGCAGUUCUGGCUUUUUAUUUAACUUCUGGGUUUGGCCUCCAAUCAAUGGCAGCCUUUUGUUUUUCAUUUAGAGCUUGGAAAAUGUCACUUUGUGUUUAAAAGUGCUCUCAUGCUAAGUAAAUUAAACAUAGGCAAUACUUCCAAAGAAAGUCUUUUUUAAACUUAUUCAAACAUUUGCUUUCCGAGAACUUAACAUUUGGUUGCAAUAAUUUCUUUUCAGUUCUACACUAAACAUGUUUAACUGAUGCUUCAGUAUUACAUAUGGCUUUUUGGCAACCACACUGCUAAAUCAAGAACUAGCUGUGCCUUUUCAUUUUAACAACACAUUAAAACUUCAGUACUUAACCACAUAUGUUUGUCAAUGUUAUACCAUGGUCACAUCUGGUCUAGCUUUAAAAAGAGUAUUAUGGUCAUAAUAAGUAUUGUGAAAUCAGGAUAUAUUAUUUUUGUUGGUUUCCGUACAUGUGAUUAAAUGGGCACUUAUGAGAUUAUUUGUUUGAUUGUAGUUAUUAUUUACUGAAAUGUUUGUUCCAAAGUGGUUGUUUUUCACAAGGACACAUUGCUUAAUAUUUUCAGUGUAUGAAUCUUAUCAGCAAGAUAUUUAUACUGACACAUUCAUAUUAUAAUUUGUACUUUGUAAAUAAUGACACUUUGCAUUUUUAGUUAUUUAGCACAUUUUUUUCUGUAUGGUGAUUAUUUGUAUAUAGUAAAAAGUAAAGACUAGUAACAUUAAGAUAAGUCCUGAUAGUUUAAGGUUAUUGAGUAACCUUUACAUUAGGCUAAAACUUUCAAUCUAAUGUUGCUGAGCCAACUGUAAACACUAAGUUUUUGUAUGUUCUUAAAGUGUACUUCUUGGCAAAUGCUUUUGAUACUUUGUGCCAAUAGUUUAUCAAUCACAUAGCUGGCAAAAUAUUUUGUACUUUCUGAUUCACUGUUAUAUUUAAUAAAGUUUUACUACUUAA